AUGCAGUUUGCAGAAUGCCACCGGCAGACGGCCAGGCAGCAGAUAGAAACGCUCGGGGCUCGUCUGGGAUUGACGGGUCCAGAGUCCCCAGCAUCACUUUACAGCCACCGCAUCCUCAUCCUCAUCCUCAUCCUCAUCACGGCUUUUGAUGCUGCGGGAGGGAGGCGCAGCGGUACGGCGGGGCACAAAUGGCAGUACCGCUGUGCUGAUUUCACGAUAUCUGGAUCUAACCAGCUCGUCAGGUGUCUAGACGGAGAUAACCGAACAGAGUUGGACACCUCUAAAAUCCCACACCUGAGCCACCAACAACACGCAGUCCGCACCCAAAGCCUCAUCCUCAUCACCGCCUACCAGAGCACCGUCUUCGUCACCAUCAUCAUCAUCGCCGCUGUUACCAUGACGAACUCCAGCGGUUCGGAGUCCUGGGUCUCCGCCAACACUACGUUUCCCGUCGUCCCCCAGGUGGCGAAUCGCGGUAACGGCAGCGGGGUGGAGCCCUACCUCCAGAGACUGGUUCACCUGGACGAGGGGCUCUACAACGACUUCUACGGCCUCUGGAUCACUCUGAUGGUGGUAAACUCCAUGAUCUUCCUGGUGGGCAUGGUGCUCAACACGGUGGCCCUGUACGUCUUUUGCUUCCGCACCAAGCGGAAGACCACCCCGGUGAUCUACACCAUCAACCUGGCGGUCACCGACCUCCUGGUGAACCUCUCCCUGCCCACCCGCAUCCUGCUCUACUACAGCGGGGGGGCCUGUCUCAUCUGCUCCUACCUGCACAUCUUCAGCUACUUUGUCAACAUGUACUGCAGCAUCCUGUUCCUCACCUGCAUAUGUGUCGACCGUUACCUGGCCAUCGUACAGAUGGAAGCGUCCCGACGGUGGCGUAACUCCAAUGUGGCGAAGUGCGUGUGUGUCUCCGUCUGGCUGUUUGCCAUUGUGGUCACCUACUCCUUCCUCUCCACCGCUUUCCGGCACACGGGCUGCUGUCUCACCAAGCUCCUCCUCCUCACCAUCACCGAGUUCUUCCUGCCCCUCAUCAUCAUCGUGGCCUUCACCCUGCGGAUCAUGUGGGCGCUGGCUGACCGUCAGCUGAUGCAGCAGAGCAGGGAGAGGAGGAGGAGAGCCGUCCAGCUGCUGACCACCGUCCUGAUCAUCUUUACUGUCUGCUUUACACCCUUCCACAUCCGACAGGUGCUGCUGUACUUCCAGCCAGACAUGCCUCACCACGUGAUCGUCUACCACCUGACCGUCACCCUCAGCAGCUUAAACAGCUGCAUGGACCCUGUGGUCUACUGCUUCAUCACCAACAACUUCCAGGCCACUGUGAGGAGUCUUUUCCGUCGUGCUGAAGCAGAGCAGAGUAGCGGUGACAUCAUCAGCAUGCAGCACAGCUCCAAGUUUUCAGGAGGGAUGGUCAACGCCAUCACCAACAACGUCAUCAUGAUGGCCGACCUUCCCACCUCACUGCGGAGGAACCAGAAAGACGUUCAUCUCGGGCACCAGCAUUCGCUGUGAAUUCCCCCCUUUUUUCCGCCAGACUGUGAGGACCUGACGGUUGCCGACGUGUGGGAAGAUGGCCAGGACACAGCCGAGACACGGUGGUUGCUGAUGAUGUCAUCAGGAUACUGCGCAGUUAGUUCUUAGGGCUGAGGUCGGACAGUAGACGCCACUGCUACCGACGCAGGAACAACGUUUA